CGCAGCCUUGAUGGGCAGGUGCGUUACCUGUGGCUCAUUCAGGAAGCACUUUUGCGGGCUCUGCUUCCACCGCUGACUGACAGAGUCCGUAAUGAAUCAGACGACGGAAAAUACCUAGUUUUCCCCGUCAUUGCAUAAUUCCUUCCAAUCUGCCUUUGUUUCGGAGCUCGAGCCUGCGAUCAGUCCCAGUUUUGGUGGCAGACGGAAGUGCUUCCUGAUAAUAAAGAGGUGCGUCUUAUUUCCAUUCCAGUGAAUGAACUGCGCACGGCUUUCACCGCCGGAGCUGGGGGCAUUGACGCAUUGUGGAGUCGACAGGGGGUAGCACUGCAACCCCGGCUUCGCUACACAACGGAGGCAUCUAUCGGCGAAACCGCGAUGGCCGUGGUGCAGCUCGACACGGAGGACCAUCAACCGGAGAACGGCUUCGUGUCCCCCGAAACCACGUCGCCGGGGCUGCUGACACGCAUCGACGGUUGUGUCCUGCCAUUUCUCGGGGGAUUUGGGAAGUACCAGAAACAGCUGAUCGUGCUGACAUGGAUUCCGGCGUUAUUUAUUGGAUUCAGCCAAUACUCUGAUAAUUUCCUCCUUGCCCAGCCGAACAACACAUGUGUCCAGCCUUUGACAAACCUGACUAACCACACUGCGGGCCAUUCCUCGUUGUUAGACAGUCCAAAAAAUAUCAGCGCGCGGCCGGCUUACAGCCAUGCCAAUGGAAGUUACAGCACCCACAAUGACACCACCAACAUGCAGUGUAGGUGCAGUGAGUGGACAUUCGAGCUGCACACUGGACUUGUGCAGAAUGUGGUUACCAAGUGGAGUCUGGUGUGUGACUCAGCAUGGAAAGUCCACAUUGCAAAAUUUUCUCUGUUGGUGGGAUCCAUCUUUGGAUACCUGGUGUUUGGAGUCCUUGCUGACUGGUUUGGCCGCCACCCAGUGCUGAUCAUAUCGGUGCUGUUCAUGCUGGUGUUUGGUCUGACUGUGGCCUUCUCUGUCAACGCCCCCAUGUUCAGCACCUUGCGCUUCUUUGAGGGCUUCUGCCUGGCAGGGAUUACCCUGUCCCUCUACGUCCUCAGGAUUGAGCUGUGCCUGCCAGGGUGCCGUUUCUCCAUGACCAUGGUGGCCAGUUUUGUGAUGUUGGGUGGUCAGCUUCUGAUGCCCGGGAUGGCAUACCUCUGUCGCGACUGGCAGGUACUCCAAGCUGUCAUCAUCUGCCCCCUCCUGCUGAUGCUGUCCUACAUCUGGAUCUUCCCUGAGUCACUGCGUUGGCUGCUGGCCACUCAGCAGUACUGCCGCUCCAAGUGGAUCAUGGGACACAUAGCGAAGAAAAACCGAGUGAACAUGGAGCUUGACGCUGAUAAUAUCCUCACAGAACUGCAGAAAGCUCUUCAAAAGAAACCCAAAAAGACAUGCAUUGUGAAAAUGGUCGGGACGAGGAACCUGUGGAAGAAUAUCGUUGUGCUGUGCGUCAACUCGCUAACAGGCUAUGGGAUCCACCACUGCUUUGCCCGCAGCAUGAUGGACCCUGAAGCUCAGGAGACGACCAUGUUCCAUAACUUCUAUGCAGAUUAUUACACUAUGGCAGGCAUUGCGGUGGCAUCCUGCAUGGCGCUGUGCCCAGCAGUGGGCCUGAUGGGCCGGCGGGGUGGUCUUCUCAUGUUUAUGAUCAUAACUGCCCUGGCAUCAUUGCUGCAGCUGGGCCUGCUCAAUUUGCUGGGGAAGUACAGCGGUCAUCUGAAUAUAGAUAACUCAAGUGCACUGAAUAAGAACUUCUCUAUCGCCUUCUCCAUCAUCGGCAUGUUCUCCUCCCACGCAGUCAGCAACUUGAGCAUCUUCUUCUGUGCUGAGAUCACACCCACAGUGAUCAGGGGUGGUGGUCUGGGCCUGGUCCUGGCCAGUGCCGGCUUCGGCAUGCUGACUGCACCCAUCAUGGAGCUCCACAAUCAGAAGGGCUAUUUCCUUCACCACAUUAUCUUUGCCUGCUGCACUCUCAUCUGUAUCAUAUGCAUUCUCCUGCUGCCCGAAACACGCUACCAGCCCCUCCCCGAGACCCUGGCUGAUGGCGAGAGCUACACUCGUCAACCUCUCCUCCCCCCGAGGAAACCUGGAGAACAGCGCCUCUUGCUGCCCCAAUCUGAGAGCAGCAGGGACUACACCAGGGUGCAUGACACGCCACUCCAUGAAGCAGCCACCAUCGCAGUGUCCACUAUGGACUCCACCGCCUCUUCGGCUGUUGAUUUGACCGUUCCGUCGGUCGGAGAUAUGUCCGCUCCCACAUUCAUGGAGGUGCACCCUGGCAAGCCUGAGCCCAAAGACCCCAACGGUCUCUCAGUUUCAUCGUUAUCCACGGCCCCCAUCACAGCCCUGGGUAAAGACGGCAUCAUACAUGCCAGUAAAGAGCACCUGCUGUCUUCCACUCCUUUACAUAUAGCCCCAUGCAUCACAGACUCACUUUUAGCCAAAGCCGAAGAACCUCCAGCAAAAGUCUUGGAUCCGGUUGAUCCACUGACGGAUUCUGCUAUUCUUAAAAUGAAUGACAUUGGUCCCUCUGCUACAAAAGAGUCAGCCGCUAAUCAUGCCCCUUCAUUGGACUCUUCCACUCCCCCUACCCCUCCAACUGUGCCUGCCUCCUUAUUGAUCUGCACCACGCCCAUCAUCGAACCCCCGCCUAGCUCCACAUUAGAAUCGCCCAACCCACUGGGUAAUGAGAUCGACAGAGUCACCCUGAAAUUAGACCCACCUUUGCUAGAGGACACUCACGCCACUUUAGCAGACUCCCCUACUCCAUCUAUGAAAGACAGUCUUCCUCCAUCCCCGACCCCCUCUCCUGUUCCGAUGACAGAUUGCAACAUUUCCACUUACCCUCCACCCUCCAUUAGCGCACUCUCUGACAUUCACAUCCAGUUAGAAAUAGUAGACGAAUCUACACCUAGUCCUUCCACUAGAGACUCCCCCAUACCUCCUGUCAUAGACUCCCAACCGCCACAGUUAGACUCUACCUCUCCCUAUGUUAAUGAUAUAUCUCCUUACUCCCCUGCUCCACCUAGCCCACUCACUGUUUCCCCUUCACCCACUCCCCCUCCACCCACUGACUCAGUCCAUAUGCCCUCAGCGGACUCCUCCACUCCCUCUGUCAUAGAUACUGUCAACAACACCGCACCGAUUUCUACCAUUCUUCCUGUCACAGACAUUGUGCACACCUCCGCUCCAGAAUCAGACACUCUUACUGUCACAGACAUUGUGCACACCUCCGCUCCAGAAUCAGCCACUCUUACUGUCACAGACAUUGUGCACACCUCCGCUCCAGAAUCAGCCACUCUUACUGUCACAGACAUUGUUCAGCCCACGCAGGAUUCAGCUGCUUCCCCGGCUAUAGAUUCCGUACCAAUUUCCACUAUGGAUUCUGGCUCUACAGAAGCAACUCCCCCCUCUCUAAUGGACUGCACCGUUUCCUCCCCCAUAGACUUUGGUGUCCUUUCUAUCAGGGACAGUUCCAGCACAGAAAACAACACUGUCAAUGGUGUGCCGUCGUCAUGAUCCAGUGUUGCAGCCAGCAAAAGGGGCUUUACGGUUGCCGAGGAAGCGGCCUACGCCACUUGAAUAUGAAGGGGGCACAAACUGUCCUGCUCAGACUUCAGGCACUCAAUGAAGACUGUCCCCACCCGGAGUUGAGUAGACAUCUCCUACAGAGCUGCUGUACGUUUCUCAAUGUCCCCCUCUUCCUGCAUUUAGCCAAUAAAUAAGACCACGCAAGUGAGAGAGUGCCAGAGGCUGGUUUGUGACAAUGUGACAGUAUCUUCUGCUCUUUUUGAAUGUCACUGGAAAUCACCAGCCUAUAAACUACUUUGAUGUAAAUGAAUGGGAAAUCACUGUCUGUCAUUUUAAAGAGACUCACAACUAUACCCACAAUCACUGAGAGGACUGGUGAGAAAUACAAUGAUGCAAAACCACAAACAAAUGACAUUUAAAAAAAUCAAAUCAGUGGUACUUUUGCUCAAAUUAAAUGUUCUUCUAACAUAUUUGUGUAAAAAUAUCACCUUACCUGUAUUGAUAAAAAAAAAGAAUCUGAAUGUUACAAAGUAUUUUUUGCCAUUACAGAGGUAAACAAUCCAAAUUGGAGUGAUUUUUCUAAAUGCAACGCCAAAAAACUUCUCUGACCAAAAUUAAAUGUAGACCUAGUGCCAAAAAAUUAGUAUAAAUACAGUAUUUGCCUGUUUGGGUAAAUAAUUUUGAGUGCAGUCCCCUGCCAUAGACCGUAUGUGGAUUAAAGUGAAUCAGAUGAACCCAAUUCCAAAGUUCAGAAAUAGAGGCAUUGCAUUAUUCAUCAAAUUAAUAAAAGACUGAAAUACUAUAGCACCAUUUGAUAAAUUAUAUUUGAGAGAUGAAAUUGAGGUGGUUCAAUUGCUUUCAUCAACAUGUGGUUCAUUGUAAGAGUAGAGAAAAGAAUGACCCAUAUUUUGUCGGUCUGAAGAAACUUUUAUUUUUCCAAUCGUUUCAGUCAAUGAAAUUUAUGGUAUGCAAAUGCUUUUAUUUGUAAAUGCGAUAUUGUAGGUAAAUGUCUAAUUAGUUGUUGAGCUUGAUUCAGUCUUUUUGUUUUCAAUUCAAAGUAUUAUUUUGAAUAAUCUCCCAUGGCGUGCCCUUAUUGUACAAACAUAUACUUCAUUCUUACAGUAUUUGGGGCACCUCAGUGUGGUGGUACCUUACUCUUUGCAGUUGGGACAAAGCAUGAAAAUAAUUGUGAAUGUGUCAGCAAAACAAACUCGCAAACCUUAAAAAGACACAAAAGCUAUUUUUAAAGUGAAUCCAAUGAAUGACAAAAUGUUCGAUGUGAUUGCCAACUGUCACCGCAUCACUAACCUUCAGUGUGUUUUCAAAAUCAUGUUCUGGCAUUAACGUAGUUUAUGUAUGUCAGUGUCUUAAAACAUUCACAUGCACAACUAAGUUUACCUUUUAAAAAAUGCAAUAUUUCAUAUAUUUGUUAAAAUGACAUUUUAAAAUACAGGUCAAGUCCUUAUUUAUAGAUAGAUUAACCUAUUCAUAUUCUUCAAUUGACAGAUUCUUCCUUAAGAAGCUACUUUCUCUUCCAAAGCCUCUGUCCACCUUUGGACAGCGUUAUACUUGACUUAAUACUCUGUGUAACUUGACAUUUGUGGUUACAUACUUCAUGCAUUGGAGGUUGUAAUAUUUGUCAGAGAAAGAUGUAUGACGGCGGAUAGACCACUGUUUACAAUGACAAUAAUAAUGAUAAAUAAUAAUAAUCACACUUAUUAGUGUAAAACUUAAGAGCCAACUGACUGAUGUCUUGUCAUUUCAAUGUGAUAAAACCAUCUGGCAGUAUAUCAUACUACAUUUAUCCAGGGAGUAUUGGUGAUCUAUUAAGGUAUCAUUCAGGUGUCACAAUAAUGUGGGACUCUUAUGAAGAACCUUACGGGUACUUUACUCACCAUAAUUCUCUUUUGCUUUUAUCUAAGUCAAAUGUGCACUGACAAAGGCUACAUAUCUUUUGGUAGCUGGAUGAUUGAGCAGAAUUGCAGUUGUUUUCCUCAAAUGCAGCUUGAAUCAAAGUAUGAAAGCUCUUUUUUUUUCUCAGUGGAUUCAUGAUGAUCUUUAAAAUAGUUCAUCAAGUCAACAAACUUUUAACAAAAUUUAGUGAAACAUUCAUUUAAUGUGUAACAUAUGUAUGCCAUGCUGCUAAGCCUCAAAGCACAAUGCCCUGCAAUCAUGUGAUGUCAAAUUUGGUGGAGCUUGGCGUCUUGACAAUUAAAAAAAAAAAAAGAAAAAAAAAAAGGGAAAAUGGAGUGGGAUUUUGAAUACAAUGCAGAAAUGACUAGUUACACAUUAACUUUUGCAAUAGACCCACAUGUAAUCUACUUUGUGGAACAGGGUGUUGACACUGCAUUUAAUAAGGAAUUCUUGGCAUCUGCAGUAGAGAGUGCGUUGACUGCAGUGGUCAGUAUCUUCACAUCACUCUUGAGUCCUCAAUGUCUGUGACUGUUGGUAUCUCUGACUCAGUGUACAUUCUGCAGAAAUUGAACUGUGUAUCGCCAAAACCCAAUACAACACCAGUAGAAAGACAAUAACGCAGCACAAUACAUCCAGUGUCUUCUCUGAUAUCUGUUGCUUCCAUUUUCACAACUCCCACCUAGUUUUCAUGGUGCUGAUGGGAGAUAUUACACCCAUAAGCAUUUGGUUUAACUUUAUCUAGAGUAAAAUUAAAGUAAAAGCAGUCCAAAGCAAUGUUGGCACCAGUGAUAGGUUGACUAAGGAAACAGCGAUGGGUGGAAAAGCAAAACAAAAAGAAGAAUGGGUUAUGCCUUUGUAAAUAGUGAAUGUGUGGAGAACACCCAUCUUCAAUAAGAUGAAGGAAGAAGAUCAUAGAUCAUAACAUAGACAGGUUAAUAGUUUUAAAUUUGGUAGAUAAAAGUCCCAAGUGUACACAUUUCAGGUUUUGCUUCUCUAAACCGCGCGACUCCGAAUCCCUUGAUGGGAAAUUCGAAUGAAUGUAAAAACCAUGGAUUGUACCAUUUAUGAUUUCUGAUUGUUUGGUUUCAUUUUGUUUUCGUCUUAACAGACAUAAUGCACUUGUAUAUAAGCCAUACCUGUUGUUAAAAUAAACCACUAUUUAUUGAUCAA